CACCAACUUCUGCACUUCUUGCGACAACGCACGUUCUUCAUCGUCACCGGCGGAGGAAGUCAUGUGGUGCUUCAAUCCUGGCAACGACGACGAAGCGCUUACGACUGCGGUACCGUCGUCGUCAAGACACACUUCCUUCCAGAUAGACAAUUUGAUGCUGCCGACCGCGUCCAAGCACGUGCUGGGAGCAUACGACACGCCACCGAUAUGGGUAUCGGACGAAUCCAUUCCGUCGUGUGCAGCUUGUCAUGACGACUUUGAUCUAUUCAAUCGUAAGCACCAUUGUCGAGGGUGUGGUGGAGUGUUCUGCGGGACAUGCUCGAACCACGUCGGCAAAGUGCUCAAACUCGGGCUCACGACAGACGUUCGAUUGUGUGGUCCCUGCGCGGCCUCCGCCGAGCGUGAAAACGAGUUUUACGGCAAGCACUUGCCGUUGAUCGAGGCCGGUGCUGAGUUUGUGAAAUACGGAUUCCUCGUCGAACGCACGGUAUUCGUGCGAUGGGUGGAUGGCACGCUGCAGUACCAGUCCAUCAAUGUGUCCACGACUGUCCUCUCUGGUGACGUCAAGGCCAUUCCAUUCGACGCCGUCUCAAGCGUUGUUCCUGUGGGAUUGAAUGGGCUGUACGUGACUACACCAUCCCAGCAACAUCGGUUGAACGCGCCGACUCCUACACGCCGGGAUCAGUGGCUCGCGGCACUGCAAUGCGCGCUGAAUUUGCGACUAGUACGUCCAUUGCGAGCACUAUGAAAAAGAGCAGGAGGAAGCGGCGGCGGCCCAGGUAGCCCGCGAGCACCAAGAAUUGACCCGUGUCAUGAUCGGACUGGAAUCAAUUGAAGUUCGAAAGGUGCACAUGCAGCAAACGCGGCUCGAGAAGAACCAGAGUCGUCGCGAGGCUUUGCGAGCCAAGUACGGUCUCGAAAACCUGCCAUCGUCGUCGGAGGGUCCAUAGCGCAACGCAAACGAUUCGAAUUCAAGUCAUAACUUAAUAGAACUGCAUGCAACUGAUCGUGUGGGUGGCGGAGAGCUGGUUGAGAUGGUUCAUGAUUACCAUCGUGACCAGGUGCGUACUGCUUCUGAAUCCGAGCACAGAUCCACGUGCUCCGCUUUGUCGUCGUUGGGCAGGCGAGUGUCCAAGUAAACAUCCGCUUCUCUUCCAUCACAUACAUGUCCAGCGGAAGCAUCGGACUCAUCGGCCCCAGUUCCGCAACGGUGCAGUCGGCUGUGCCAG